CACCCCCGCUUUCUCCUUCACCAAGUACACCUCGCUUCAAUAAUUUGGCUCCAAACCCUACCCUGCCUUCAAUAAUGGCGCUUCGCAGGGCACUUUCCAAGCGCCUCUCUUUUCCCGCAAAAUUGGACUCUCCAUCUCCGAUCACCACCGUCGCAGCGACUACCGAUCCCCCGACGUCGCAAUCUACCGACACCAAAUCGCAAUUUCAACGCGGCGGCUUCUUCCGCCGCUUCCUGCAGCGGCGCGCCAUCAACCACCACUCUUCUGUACUUCCCUCCGGCAUCCUCUCACUCCCCGUCGGAGAAAGUCUCAGGGAGAGGAUCAAGUCGAUGAACAACGCCGGAGACCACCAGUCCGGCCCCCGCCCUGACGUAUUCAAUCCGGCGAAGGAGGUAGGGUUUCGAAUCGGCGCCGCGGAUGUGAAAAAAGUGCUGAGGCUAGUGAAGAUGGAGGAGAUUAGAGAACGGCUGAGGAAUAUUCCGGCGAACGCAAUUCCGUACGAUGAGUUCGUCGCCGUCUGCGCCGACGCCUGCGGGAAUACGGAAACCGCUCUGCAAUUCGCCAAGGCGUUCGAUGAAUCCGGAAACGUCGUCGUUUUGGGUAACGUCGUUUUCCUCCGCCCACACCAGGUUGCUAAAUCAAUGGAGAAACUAAUCACCGACUCGAUAGCAACCCCAGAAGAUCCAAGAAAACAAGAACUGGAGACCCUACAGCGCGAGAAAGCCCUAAUUGACGAAGAGGCCCGGUCCAAAGUCCAGUUAGAACUAUACUUUGGGCUGGGCUUUUUGGGCCUUCAGACUUUGGGCUUUAUGAGGCUAACCUUUUGGGAACUGAGCUGGGAUGUAAUGGAGCCCAUUUGCUUCUUUGCCACGUCACUCCACUUCGCAAUAGCCUACGCUUUCUUCCUCAGGACCUCCAAAGAGCCCUCCUUCGAAGGAUAUUUCCAGCGAAGAUUUAAAGUCAAGCAAAAAAAACUUAUGGAAAAUCGUAAUUUCGACGUUCAAAGGUACCAUCAGCUCUGCGAGGCCUUCUACCCUAAAUAUAGCAAAAAUAAUUAAAAUUCAACAACUAACUUGUAAAUUGUAACGCUUGAGCUAGCAAUGAGAUAUUUUAUUGAUUUGUUA